CGGGAACAAUAGAGAGAGACGAAGCCAGCAGUGAACCAGCAAACAACCGAGAGAGAGCGAGAGAGAGAGAGAGAGAGAGAGAGAGAAAGAAAGAGGGGAUGGAUGGAGGGAGAGAGAGGGAGGUGAAGUGAGAACAUGUGAGGACUCAGAGACGACAGGGAUUCUUCUCCUCCUUUUAUUUUCUGUCCGCUCCUUUGUCGCUGGAUUGUAUUGAUUCCGGUAUGAACCCUGCAGAAGCGGCCGAGGAGGCGCCCAGCGACCCCGACACUGAUGCCUUCUACAAACCAGGAUCAUUGAGGAAUGAAGGCAUCAGGGCGUCCGACGUCCUGCCUGUGUUAAAGGAGAAAGUUGCCUUUGUGUCAGGUGGGCGAGAUAAAAGAGGAGGACCAAUUUUGACGUUUCCUGCCCGAAGUAACCACGACCGAAUAAAACAAGAAGACCUGAGGAGGCUGGUCACGUACCUGUCCACUGUUCCCAGUGAGGACGUAUGUAAACGCGGUUUCACUGUAAUCAUCGACAUGCGUGGGUCAAAGUGGGAACUGAUCAAGCCCCUGCUGAAGACGCUGCAGGAGUUCUUCCCUGCUGAGAUCUGUGUGGCGCUCAUCAUCAAACCGGACAACUUCUGGCAGAAGCAGAAAACAAACUUUGGCAGCGCAAAGUUCUCCUUCGAGACCACUUUGGUGUCAGUUGAAGGUCUGGCCAAACUGGUGGAUCCCUCCCAGCUGACGGAUGACUUCGAGGGGUCUUUGGACUACAACCACGACGAGUGGAUGGAGCUGAGAGUAUCUCUGGAGGAGUUCAUGUCCAGUGCUGUUCACCUGCUGUCUCGACUGGAGGACCUGCAGGAGCUUCUGUCCAAGAAGGAGUUUCCUGCAGAUGUGGAGGGAUCUCGUCGCUUGAUUGAGGAACACACACAACUUAAGAAAAAGGUGCUGAAGGCUCCAAUUGAGGAGUUGGACCGGGAAGGCCAGAGGUUGCUGCAGUGUAUCCGAUCAAGUGAUGGUUUUUCAGGGAGGAACUGCAUAUCUGGCUCUGCUGACUUCCAGAGCCUGGUGCCCAAGGUGGCCAGUCUGCUGGAUAAGCUCCACUCAACGCGGCAGCACCUCCAUCAAAUGUGGCACGUCAGAAAGCUCAAGCUGGACCAGUGCUUCCAGCUCCGCCUCUUCGAACAGGACGCAGAGAAGAUGUUUGACUGGAUCAGCCACAACAAGGAACUCUUCCUACAGAGCCACACAGAGAUCGGCCGCGCUUACCAACAUGCUGUGGAGCUGCAGACUCAACACAACCACUUUGCCAUGAACUCCAUGAAUGCUUAUGUAAACAUCAACAGAAUCAUGUCAGUGGCGAGCCGUCUGGCUGAGGCUGGUCACUACGCCUCCACACAGAUAAAACAGAUCUCAGGUCAGCUGGAUCAGGACUGGAAAAGUUUUGCUGCUGCGCUAGACGAGCGCUCCACCAUCCUCGCCAUGUCGUCUGUCUUUCACCAGAAGGCUGAACAGUUCCUGUCGGAGGUGGAGGCCUGGUGUAAAGUCUGCAGUGAGGGAGGGUUACCUUCUGAGAUGCAGGAGCUGGAGCUCGCCAUCCACCGCCACCAGAGCCUGUACGAGCAGGUAACCCAGGCUUACACUGAGGUGAGUCAGGAUGGCAAAGCCCUAUUGGAUGUCCUCCAGAGGCCUCUGAGUCCCGGCAACUCUGAUUCGCUGACAGCCAGUGCCAAUUACUCCAAAGCGGUUCACUGCAUCCUGGACGUGGUUCAUGAGGUCCUCCAUCAUCAGCGGCGUCUGGAAAACAUUUGGCAGCACCGAAAGGUCCGACUGCACCAGAGACUGCAGCUGUGUGUGUUCCAGCAGGACGUCCAGCAGGUGAUGGACUGGAUAGAAAACCACGGCGAGGCUUUCCUCAGCAAACACACUGGUGUCGGGAAAUCCCUUCACCGAGCCCGAGCACUGCAGAAAAGACACGACGACUUUGAAGACGUAGCUCAGAACACAUACACUAAUGCAGACAAAUUGCUGGAGGCGGCUGAGCAGUUGGCUCAGACUGGAGAGUGCGACCCAGAAGAAAUCUACAAGGCAGCCAGACACUUGGAGGUCCGGAUCCAGGACUUCGUCCGACGAGUGGAACACAGGAAGCUGCUGCUCGACAUGUCCGUCUCCUUCCACACACACACUAAGGAGCUGUGGUCAUGGAUGGAGGAGCUCCAGAAGCAGCUCUUGGAUGAAGUUUGCUGCGACUCCGUCGACUCAGUUCAGACUCUGAUCCAGCAGUUUCAGCAGCAGCAGACGGCCACCCUGGAGGCAACGCUCAACGUGAUUAAAGAGGGAGAGGAAUUAAUACAGCAGCUCAGAGAUGCUGCCAUGUCGACCAACAAGACGCCGCACUGCAGUUCCAUUGCACACAUCCAGGGGGUGCUGCAGCAGCUGGACGAGGCCCAAGGCCAGAUGGAGGAGCUGUUCCACGAACGCAAAAUCAAACUUGACAUCUUUCUCCAGCUACGCAUCUUUGAGCAGUACACUAUCGAGGUCACAGCAGAGCUGGACGCUUGGAACGAGGAUCUAUCUCGUCAGCUGAACGAUACCAGCCGCUCGGGCGGUGGCAGCAGCAGCGGCAGCAGCAGCGGCUCCUCCUUUGGCAGCGCAGAGGACAUCGGCCUAGCAGAGCAGCGGCUGAAGCGACACGCGGAGCGGAAGGCUGCCAUGAAUAACAUGACCUAUGAAGUGAUGCAGCAGGGUCAAGACUUGCACCAGUACAUCAUGGAGGUUCAGGCCUCAGGUAUCGAACUGACGGGGGAGAAGGACAUGGACUUGGCCUCUCAGGUUCAGGAGCUGCUGGAGUUCCUCCACGAAAAGCAGCAGGAGGUGGAGCUCAACGCGCAGCACACGCACGCACGGCUGGAGCAGAUUCUGCAGCUACGCCAUCUACAGGCUGAGGUUAAGCAGGUGUUGGGUUGGAUUCGUAACGGUGAGUCCAUGUUGAACGCCAGCAUGGUGAACGCCAGCUCUCUGUCUGAGGCUGAGCAGCUGCAGAGGGAACAUGAACAGUUCCAGAUGGCGAUAGAGUCUCUGUUUCACGCUAACUCUCUUCAGAAGACUCAUCAGAGCGCUCUGCAGGUCCAACAAAAAGCCGAGAUGAUGCUCCAGGCAUGUCACUACGAUCCAGAGGCCAUUCGAAACUGUGCAGAGAAAGUGGCCGUUCACUGGCAGCAGUUGAUGCUGAAGAUGGAGGACCGCCUGAAGCUUGUGAAUGCCUCGGUGGCCUUUUACAAGACGUCUGAGCAGGUGUGCAGUGUUUUAGAGAGCCUGGAGCAGGAGUACCGCCGGGACGAAGACUGGUGUGGCAGUCAUGAUAAACUGGGAACUUCGGCUGACAGCGAUCACCUUCUACCUCUGAUCAGUAAACACCUGGAGCAGAAAGAAGCUUUUCUUAAGGCAUGCACUCUGGCUCGCAGGAAUGCUGAGGUGUUUCUGAAGUACAUUCACAGGAACAAUGUGAGCAUGCCCGGAGCAGCCGGUCACACCAGAGGCCCUGAACAGCAGGUCAAAGCGAUUCUGAACGAGCUGCUGCAACGAGAGAACAGAGUCCUUCACUUCUGGACGUUAAAGAAACGAAGGCUGGACCAAUGUCAGCAGUAUCUAGUGUUUGAACGCAGCACCAAACAGGCUCUCGAUUGGAUCCAGGAAACAGGUGAUGUUUACCUGGCUACGCACACGUCACCCGGCGAAAGCAACGAGGAAACUCAGGAGCUCCUCAACGACUACCAUCACUUCAGACUCUCUGCCAAGCAAACCAAGGAGAAGGUGAAGCUGCUGAUCCAGUUGGCUGACAACCUGGUGGAGAAAGGCCACGCCCACGUGUCAGAGCUGAAGCGAUGGGUGAGCACGAUGGACCGCAGGUACCGCGACUUCUCCAUUCGAAUGGCCAAAUACCAGGAGAGCCUCGAGAGGAGCCUGGGGGUCAGCCCUGAGGACAAUAAAGAUUUAGAGUUGGAUAUUAUCCCCGCCAGCCUGACAGACGACCCCGAGGUCAAACUACGUGACCCCAACCAUGAGGUCAAUGAAGAGAAGAGGAAGUCUGCCAGGAAGAAAGAGUUCAUCAUGGCAGAGCUGCUGCAGACGGAGAAGUCCUACGUCAAAGAUCUCAACGAAUGUCUUGAGACCUAUCUGUUGGUGAUGACCAGCGGUACGGAGGAGAUUCCUCCUGGCAUCGCCAACAAGGAGCACAUCAUCUUCGGCAACAUGCAGGAGAUCUACGACUUCCACAACAAUAUUUUCCUGAAGGAGCUAGUGAACUAUGAGCAGCUACCAGAGGACGUUGGUCACUGCUUCGUCACCUGGGCUGAUAAAUUCCACAUUUAUGUGGAUUACUGUAAGAACAAACCAGACUCCAGUCAGCUCAUACUGGAGCACGCUGGCACCUUCUUCGACGACAUUCAGCAGAAACGUGGACUGGCCAACUCCAUCUCCUCCUACCUCAUCAAACCAGUCCAGAGGAUCACCAAGUACCAACUACUGCUGAAGGAGUUAUUGUCUUGCUGUGAAGAAGGCAAAGGGGAGAUUAAAGAUGGUUUGGAGGUGAUGCUCAGUGUUCCUAAGAGAGCUAAUGAUGCCAUGCACCUUGCCAUGUUGGAGGGCUUUGAGGUGAACCUGGAUGUGCAGGGUGAGCUGAUCCUGCAGGACAGUUUCCAGGUUUGGGAUCCGCGAUCUCUCAUCAGGAAGGGGCGGGACAGACACCUCUUCCUGUUUGAGUUCUCGCUCGUCUUCAGCAAAGACAUUAAAGACUCAGCUGGCAGAACCAAGUACCAGUACAAGAACAAACUACUGACGUCUGAGUUGGGGGUGACCGAGCACAUUGAGGGUGACCCGUGUAAAUUUGCCCUGUGGGCAGGAAGAACCCCUUCCUCUGACAAUAAAACUGUGCUAAAAGCGUCCAGUAUGGAAGCUAAACAGGAGUGGAUUAAAAACAUCAGGGAGGUGAUCCAGGAGAGGAUGACUCACCUGAAGGGGGCGCUCAAGGAGCCUCUUCAUAUGCCCAAAACACCAGCAUUGAACAAACCCAGGAAUAACGCGAAGAGGGAGGGAGGUGAAGAUGGAGACAGUCAGGGAGAUGGCAGCAGCCAACAAGACACCAUCUCCAUCGCUUCCCGGACGUCCCAGAACACUGUAGACAGCGACAAGCUCUCUGGUGGUUGUGAGUUGACGGUCGUCCUUCAUGACUUCACAGCAGGAUGCAGCACUGAGAUGUCUGUCAGCACAGGUCAAACGGUCGAGUUGUUGGAGCGGCCGAGUGAGCGGCCCGGCUGGUGUCUGGUCCGAACCACCGACCGCAGCCCUCCUCAGGAGGGACUGGUUCCCAGCUCCGCGCUCUGCGUGUCCCACUCGCGCUCCAGCGUGGAGAUGGACUGUUUCUUCAACUCGGGAAAAGAAAACUAUCCAGUCAGCGGCUCUGAUGGGAAGACGGAGUCAGUGGCGAACCUCCAGCCGCAGCCGUCCCUCAGCUCCCUGCAGUCCAGCUCCCCGGGUCCCAAACGCUCCGGAAACACUCUAAGAAAAUGGCUGACCAGUCCGGUCCGCCGCCUCAGCCACGGCAGCUCCGUCAAGAAGCUCCCUAAUAACAAACAGAAGAAGACGGGACCAGGAUCUGGAAGAGAGGAAAACAGGAAGAGUAUCGACCUCGGACAGCCUGACCUCACUCUACAGGAUGACAACAUUGAUGAGAGGGUCCUCAGUAAGGAUGGUAACCUCCUUUCUAAGACCUCCUCCGGGAUUCAGAGCGGUGGCGAGGAGGAGCAGGACGAGGAGGCCCACACUCCUCUGCCUCCCCCCAUGGAGAUCAUCAAGGACUCAGCUCAGGAGGAUAAGUCUUCAUCCUUGCUAACGUCUCUGCAGUCGUCCUCUGAGGUGCCCAGUGCUGCAGAGCUGGUUAGCGCCAUAGAAAAGCUGGUUAAAACCAAGAUGACUCUGGAACCAGGAGCGUACCCUGGUUUCUCCUCGCUCUCUCCGCCCGAACAAACCACUCCCGUCCAACCGCGGAACCCCGAGCUGGAGCAAAUAGCCAAAGCUAUGAGAGGACGAAUGUUUGUUCUGAACGAGCUGAUUCAGACAGAGAAGGACUACGUCAAAGACCUGGGCAUCGUGGUGGAGAGUUUCAUGAAGAAAAUCGAGGAUAAGGGCGUCCCCGAGGACAUGAAAGGAAAAGACAAAAUCGUCUUCGGGAACAUCCACCAGAUCUUCGACUGGCACAGAGAUUUCUUCGUAGGAGAGCUGGAGAAAUGUCUGGAGGACAAUGACCACCUGGCUGAGCUCUUCAUCAAACAUGAGAGAAGACUCCACAUGUACGUGGUUUAUUGUCAGAAUAAGCCGAAGUCCGAGUUCAUCGUAGCAGAAUAUGACACAUAUUUUGAUGGAAUCCAGCAGGAGAUCCAGUCCAGACUGACCCUCAGCGACUUCCUCAUCAAACCAAUCCAGAGAAUCACCAAAUACCAGCUGCUACUGAAGGACUUCCUGAAGUACAGCUUAAAGGCAGGAAUUGACUGUGAACAAAUUGAGAAAGCAGUCAAUUUAAUGUCUCAGGUUCCUAAGCUGUGUAAUGACAUGAUGAAUCUGGGUCGGCUGCAGGGAUACGAGGGUAAACUGACCAGUCAGGGCAAACUGCUGCAGCAGGAAACCUUCUUUGUGACGGAGCAGGACGCCGGCGUCCUGUCGCGCUCGAAAGAACGACGAGUUUUCCUCUUUGAGCAGAUCGUCAUCUUCAGUGAGCUGCUCAGGAAAGGAUCAUCCACGCAAAGAUACCAGUUCAAGAAGAGCAUCAAGGUGUCGUACCUGGGUCUGGAGGAAAGUGUGGACAACGAUCCCUGCAAGUUCGUCAUGUCAUGUCGCGGCUCAUCUGAGCGUUUCACGCUGCAGGCGGCCAACGUCGACAUCAAGCAAAUCUGGAUACAACACAUCCAGGAAGUGCUGGACGCUCAGAGCAACUUCCUGUCCGCUCUCCAGUCUCCUAUUGAGUACCAGAAGGAGAAAGGCGGAGCAGGUGGCAGCUCGUCACUGACCAGAAAUCGUUCGUCCUCUGGGAACCGGCCCAGCAUGUCCUCUCACAGCCGGCCGUCCUCCGCUGUCGGCUUCUGUGACAAAGACACAGAGAGAGGGAGGAGCCAGAUGAAAGUGUCUACCUCCAACGGUGGUUCGACGUGUUUUGACUCCAGGGACAGCGACGGCGGCUGCAACGGUGUCUCCUCCACCAUGCUGGUCACUCAGAACUACUCAGCGCUCAAGGAGAACGAGAUCUGCGUCAGUCAGGGGGAGGGGGUGCAGAUCCUGGCCACCAACCAGCAGAACAUGUACCUUGUUUACCGUCCCGCCAACAGCCAGUCGCCCGCCGCUGAGGGCUGGGUGCCAGGACACGUCCUGGGCCCAGCCGCAAAGUCCAUAAAAGACUCUUCCUCUACUUCCUCCUUCUCAGCGGCGGUGGCCGAUGCCAACAACAUCAAGAAGUCUCUGUCGUGGAACACGCUGCGUGCCCGGAAGCGCGCCGAAGCCAAGGAUGGCACCUCGCUGGGGGUCAGAGGUCACGAGAACGGCCUCUUCCGUAAGCCCAAAGAAACCACGCCCCCUCCCCCUCUCGCCUCCCCUGCCACGGGGGUGAAGGGCAAAGACACGUCAGAUGAGUCGGACUGUGAAGAUGACCUCGUCCCAAAGACCGGCAUGGAGCUUCUCAACCCAAACUUCAUCCAGGAAGUGGCUCCAGAGUUCCUCGUCCCUCUGUCAGACGUGGUGUGUGCAUUUGGAGAAACAGUCGUCCUGUGCUGCAAAGUCUGUGGACGACCCAAACCCUCCGUCACCCUGAAGGGCCCCGACCAGAACCCAGUGACCAUCAACAGCCGCUUCACCAUCGACAUCAGGGACACGGGGGACAUCUUGUUGAAGAUCUGCAAUCUGAUGCCUCAGGAUACGGGGAUCUACACCUGUGUUGCUGUUAAUGACCACGGCUCUGCCUCAUCCUCCGCCUCUAUUAAAGUGCAAGGUAUCCCAGCAGCCCCGGGGCGGCCUGUGGCACAAGAAGCCAGCAGCACGGCGGUGAUGAUCGACUGGUCACCGCCGACUUCAUCUGCCCACUGUGCCGUCAGCAACUACACUGUGGAGUACAGACAGGAAGACUCGUUGCUAUGGCAGCAAGUGGCCAGCAGCAGGGAGGAGUGUGUUCAGAUCGACGCUCUGAUCCCCGGCGGUCACUAUCAGUUCAGAGUGCGAGCCUCCAACCACUGGGGGGUCGGGCCCCCGUCCGAGCCCUCCAACAUGGUGACACUGCCCAGCAGCAACUCUGGAUACGACGGAACAGGAAUCCAGUGGAAGGAAAACUUUGACUCGAGCUUCUCUGAGAUCUGUGAGAUCGGAAGGGGACGAUUUUCAGUGGUGAGAAAAUGUCUCAACAAGUCCACAAAGAAGGAGGUUGCUGUGAAGUUUGUGAGUAAGAAGAUGCAAAAGAAGGAGCAGGCGGCUCAUGAGGCGGACAUCCUGCGACACGCACAGAAUCACCAGCUGGUGGUGCUGUUGGACACAUACGAGUCUCCCAACUCAUUGAUGCUGAUCCUCGAGCUGCUGGAGGAUGGUCGUCUGCUUGACUACCUCGUUGCCCACGAUGAGCUGAUGGAGGAGAAGGUGGCGUUCUUCAUCCGAGAGACACUCGAGGCGUUGCAGCACCUUCACACCUGCAGAGUAGCGCACCUGGAUCUCAAGCCUGAGAACAUCAUGGUCGACCUUCACACUCCCACCCCGUGCAUUAAACUCAUUGACCUUGGCGAUGCUGUCCAGCUGUCCGCCCACCGCCGUUACGUCCACCUCCUGCUUGGAAACCCAGAGUUUGCCGCACCUGAGCUCAUCCGUGGGACACCGGUCUCUGUUGCGACAGACGUGUGGAGCAUUGGCGUGUUGGCUUACGUGAUGCUCAGCGGCGUUUCCCCAUUUCUGGAUGAAUCUCCAGAGGAAACUUGCGUCAACAUCUGCCGCCUGGACUUCUGCUUCCCGGACGAUUACUUCCGCGAUGUGAGUCAGGCGGCAAGGGAUUUUGUGUCGUCGGUGCUACAGCAGGAUCAGAGGAAGAGGCCGAGUGCUUCUUCCUGUCUGCAGCACCCGUGGGUGGGUCGUGGGGGCGCACAUGGCGGGGAGUACUCCAAGACACCUCUGGACACAACACGGCUGGCCACGUUCAUUGACCGAAGAAAACAGCUGCAUGAUGUUAGGCCCAUCACUAAUAUCAAAGGGCUGGUGAGCAGCAGCAUGGGCAACACACUGUGAGACGAGAUCUGAGUGUCCGAACAUCCGAGAACAAACCAUGUGUGACCACCAGGAAUGACAUCACAAUAUAUGUUAAGCAUUUAAUUAUCUUGAGUAUUUAAUACUUUGUGAGUGGGAAAAGGAUUUGGUGCCUUUGGAGUGAGAUUUAAUUUUCCUUCCUUGGUCCAAAUCUAUGGGUUUAUGGCUGCGCAUUAUUUAAAUUUGACCAACAUUUCAUCAAGUCUUUUGUCACCGAGUAUCAAACAUUACUUUAAACAACUGCCCUACGAGAACCUACAGAAGUAGCUCAGAGAAAAUAACCACUGUGAAGAAGCAUGAUGGCAACGUGUUCGAUUCUGUUUACAUUAAAUUGUUUAUUUUUACAGAUAAAAAAAUGUAUUUAUUAAAGACAACAGUCUUUUAAUCCGUAAUGUGGAGCUAAACCUUAACUUAGAUCUGAAGAAGGUUGUUUCCUCAACCUGAGACACAAUGCUCAGGGACACUUGGCAGUUCCAGAACUGGCUUGUUGGCAUCCUCACUAGCCAACUGGCCAAAAUAAUCUAUAACUGAACAGGCUAAAAAGUUAUGGAAAGUUUUAAACCACCAAAGCACUCUGUUGUGCCAACAAAAUAACUGGCUUGAUGUUUGCGUGACCAGCGACUGACAUCAAAGAGUUGGUUCGUAGCAAAACUGGUUAAACACUGUGAUGAAUUAUGUUAAUAAAGUGUUUGCUGUUGUCUAAUUUGAGCUAAAUUAAGAUCCAGGAUCAGUGAUAGAGUAGUUAGAAAGCCUUUAAUGUUGGUUUUCUUUCUUUGGCUACAUAGGGAGUUGAGCAGGUUCAGAGUUCGAUGUCUUGCCCAACUGUAAUGACGUGAUUUUUAGCCUUUAGAGACUAAACCUGGGGGUGUAGCUUAAGGGAAAAAACAAAGUCAACUAGUAAUCAUACGUUUGUGGAACAGUAUGAGGAGAAAUUUUUGCAUCAACAUCAAGAAAGUAGUAGUAAACUCUCUGAAGACCGACUGUUUCAGUAUACAAAUCUUAACAUUGAGCAUAAAUGCGCCCUGAUAUGUCUGAUGUGACCAGAGAUAGUCAGUCAAUGGUUUCUGUCAGAAUUUGGCAUUUCACCCACAAGCAAGAAUGUUUAGCUAAUUGUGGUGUUGACCAUGAGGUGAUUCGUCAAGGAGGGAAUAUGAAACAAGAUCUUGCCAACACUAAUUUCUCAUUGUUUGUCUCAGUUUGGUCACUGUUGGGAAUUUUCUUAAAACAGAAAAAUAAAAAAAAUGAAUUUAGAUCUUAAAUGUCUUCAGUUAAGAAACCAGGACUUAAGGGGAUGUUGUACUCGUCUUGUCCGUCUGGCAUGAAGCAGAUAAGAGGAUUACUGGAUGGUUCCAGGUAACAGGUCCUGAAACUUAAACCACCAACAACAAAUGUUUUCUUGGCUGCAUCUGCUUUGGACCUUUCUAUCAUAUACUUAUUAUUUAUCAGACUUAUUUAUUGAAUGUUUGUUUAUGUUAGGACUAAGGUUGAUCAUGCAUCAUAUUUGCAGUCGUGACCUGGACCAGAAGAUGAAGUCAAACAAUUCACUGAGCUUCUGCUGAAGUGAGCAGGAGCAGAGUUAACAUUCUGAACAGUGCCCUGCUCUGACUCAUCUGCACUGGACUAACCUGUCAUGAAACAAGAUGAACUGGCUCGAAUGUACCAGCGGCAUCACUACCAGGACGGUGUCACCCUGACACUGAGGACUUCUGUACUUAACGUUGGAUCGCUGACCACAUGGGGAAACGUGGAGGCUGAAAUCUGCUCGAAAGAACACAAUUUGUUCAUAUCACUGUUUACAAGAACUUAGUUAGUAGAAUAAUCAGGGAAAACCUGCAUGUCAAAUCACCAGGGAUGGUUUAGAAGUCCCUCAACAUUUGGUGUGGAGGUGAGAAAUGAACUCGAUCCCUAUCGUUUGUACAUUUGUCUACAACCACAGUGACAAAUCACAGACUCUCGUGUUUGGUUCUCGUUUGUUUGGCUUGUAAAUUUGCUGACUGGGCCUCGGACUUAGCAGCCGCUGUGGCUGGAGGAUAGAAGAGUCUGUUUCACUGUCCCGUUUCUACUGAUGAUUGUAAUUUCUUGUAGAAUGUGUUCUGCCAUUAUAGGUGCUGUCUUCUGCUUUCACCAAAUGCUUUCACAUCAUUUUGCACCUCCAAUUACCCAGUUAGCAUUUAGCUUACUGUGAUAUUAGGCAUUUAUUUAUUGUGCAGGCAGGGGCGCAGAAUGUGAAAAUGUGAGCACCUUUGAUGGCCUCGCACAACAACAUCAAUACACAUCUGCAGGUGUAGUCGUUUGUGUUUACCUGUGCAGCUGAUUUGGAUCAGUACAGACCCGGGAGACAAUCGGGCAUCGUAUUUCUGCUUCAUUUAUUCAACUAAAACUGGCUGUGAAAAAAAGGCAACAGAGCAAUACAUUUUUAGGUAAGACACAGAUUAUUGUGAAUAUAUAAGUACACUUAAUAGACUUAUUGAUCUCACGUUCAGAUUGUUUAAUGCUUUCACUUAAAACCAUGCACUUGCACUCAGGUAGCUCCUGCUUGUGCUUACAUUUGCUCUGCAUGUGCUCAAACUGUGCACUUGCUUUGCACUCAUAUUUUGGUGCUUGGAUAGAUUUCCUGCGCUCUUGCUUCAGCUCUUCUCUUCGUGCUCAUGCUGCGUAUUCGCAGAUGUGAAAGUUCUGCUCUGUCCAGUCGUUGUUGUGGGAGCUUUAGCUUUAUUUCCGAAGAUGGUUUAAUAAUAAAGCGGUGGAGGGCGGCAGUGCAUUAACCCGGUUAAAGUAACCACCCUAACGGGUCUCUCAUAGAUGUAAAGUUAACAUCAGUCCACAAGUGGGGGGAACAAUUUAAUUUGUCAAAUGUGGCAGAAGUUUCAUUUGUGCAUAAAAGCAGCAUGAACACAACAAGAGCUGAAGCGCAAGAAAUCUGAGUGCAAGCAGGAGCUGUUUGAGUGUGAGCGCAGGGUUUCGAGUGAAAGCAUUUCAAAAUCUGAACAUUAAAUCAAUAAGUAGAAAAAACACAAUAAGCAAAGAGAGGAAAAAACAUAAUCAGACUUCACAGCUUUGGUCUCACGACACAAGAGCCUGAGCCUUUCAUGUAACCUCAGUUUACAUUUACACUGAAGAAGUAAAUGUGUUGUGUUUUAGUAUUUCACUGAAAUACUCAGGGUCUUCAUGAUCUAUAAGGUCUAACCCAGCCUGAAAACAUGUUCAAUUCACCAGAAUGUUUAAGUUCGACUGAGGUCUGUAUUUCUGUCUUUUUAAAUUCAUGUGAAACCUUUUAUUUAUUUGUUUGGAUUUAAACUUGUGCCGAGGUGACAGCUUGUAAAUGGAGAAAAGGAAGAAAUAUUAAAACUUGAGAAUGCAGUAGUAUUGUACAGUAUGUAAAAUAACAGAUCUGUUUAAAACCUGAACAGCUCCACAUUCUGGUUUGCUUCAAUUCUUUUACCCUGCACAGCAACCGAGGCUGAAUUUUAACUUUAUGAAGAAGAAGAGUCAUCUAAACCACAAGAUACUUCACUACAGAGGAUGUUCCAGCAAAUCAGGUCCUGAAUCACGUCACCAAAAAUACUUCUCACGCAUCGACUGAGUUAAGAUGGACAACAUGUCUCUACUUCAUCCUGUUGUACAGUGAAGCUAAAAUGCAGGUGCAGCAUUCUUGUGCGUUUUUCUACCCACGGUCUGCGCAGUAGUGAUCAGGGGGGUGGAGCCGUGGUAUCCAGGUUCUGCCAAUAAAUGCACUCGACCAAUCACGACUCAGCUUGGGCUGUCAAUCAUGACGUUUCACCACAUUUUUAUAGCAUCAAAUAAUUUAUUAAAACUAAACUUACUGGAACAAUUAGCACUUGAACUUUGACUUUUUAGUUUGGUCCAUGUCCCAUCUGCUCACAUGGAGGAGGAAGGCUUACGGCCUAUAAUGGACCCAGCCUCCAGCAGGCGAUGAAGAUGAUUUGGCUUCACUUUGGGGAUCUGCCAUUAUCAUUUAAUUUUCAGAAGGGACUCAGACCAACACCCCUCUGGUCCAACUGCUACGCUACUGUGGCUGAAAAUAUUCAGAGGCAGAAACAUCAUCACCUUAUAGCAUGUCAGGCUUAACUUGUUUUGAAUUUGUAGAUCAUAUACAAAUAUAAUGUAAAUAUGACUCAUGUAAAGAUGUAAAUGUACCUGGGAUUCUAACCCUGUCCCAAUGUUUAGUUUUUAUUUCUAUCCAGAAUCCUAACAAAGACAAGAAUCAUGUCCCUGCAUGUUUCAGACAGACCUUCAGUUCUUUGUCUCAGAAGAGUUAAAACUUCAGAUUAAUUGUCCCAGUGUCGACUAAGUCCCGCUCCCACAAUGCAUCUGUCAUGGCUUGGUGAGCCGCGUAGCUCUGUGGUGGCUCCACCCUGUUGAAUGUGCUGUUCCAUCCUGACCUUGUUGAAACGUUUUACAGUCGGCUUCCUUUCAAACUGCUGUAUGAGUUACUUCCUCUUGGUCCAUACGACCUGCUGGUUUGUUACUCUUUACUAAUAAAGAACCUGCUUGUUUGUA